UGAAUUAUCAAUGAUUUUCCUACUCCUCUAAACACUGUAGGAAACAUACCAUUUCCAAUAUAAGUCCGUUUUGACAGUAGUUUGCCUUUUCAGCAACCAACUAUUCAAUUUGCAUACAUCUAUGAUUUAAAAAUAUUAUCUUUUAGUUAAUAUUUAUUUUUUUGGGUUUUUCGCGAGUUUCAGUGAACAUACAAUAAAUAGAAUUGGGCACUAUUUUAGGACAUUAGCUUUGGCUCACCACCCAAGAAAUCUUUAUUUGAUUGUUGCUAAUCACAGUUUCAUAAUUAAAACAUGAAAUUUUCAAUUAUACCUACUGCUGCCUUGCCCGAGUAUGAGGGUCCAUUACGUGUUGGUUCGGUGGUAAUUGAAAUGAGUGUUCCUAAAGAACUUCAAUGGAAGUUGCCAAAUAUUGAACAUGAAUUAAAAACAGUCAAAUUACGAAUGUUUUACCCCAUUUUCCCAACUGAAGAUCUCAGGUCCCGAAAAGACGAGUUUUGGCUGCCCUUCAAUGAAGGGAUUCCACAUAUUGCAAAAGGAUUCAAAUGGUGGGUGAUUCGUGCAUGUGCAGCACAAUUUUCAAAAACAUCUUUACCUGUUUACGAGGGGACUGUGUUUCAGGAUAACCAAAACACCAAGCUGCCUGUACUGUUAUUUAGCCAUGGACUUUUGGGUUCGAGGAACCUUUAUUCCUCCUUAUGUGGGAAUAUCUCUUCUUACGGAAUCGUUGUUUUGGCUUUAGAACACCGUGACCAAACUGCUAUAAUAUCGACUGUUCGUGAUCCUAGUCACCCGGAUGAUAAAGGUUAUCUUGUGCAGUAUCGAGAAAUCAAGGAUUUUUACAGCAAGGAAACCAUAGAACUACAAAAGGAUAGAUUAAGCUUUCGUGAAAGAGAAAUCCAGCUUGCCGUGAAAAUGAUACGCACAAUCAAUGAAUACGGUGUGCCUAGUCUUGACACAGCCUAUUCUUGCUCUGGAAACCCCGACACCUGUAGACAGCUCUUUGAAUCACUAAAAGGUCGUUUGAACACUUCAAAAGGAGAGCUUUUACUUUCAGGUCAUUCUUUUGGCGCCGCCACUGCUGCAUUUAUAGCAAAUUCAUUAGCUCGUUCUCUGGAUUGCAAUAACCUACAUCAUGAAGAAUAUAAAUGUGUGCUUUUGUAUGACAUUUGGAUGCUGCCUGUACUCCAGAUGAAUAUACAAAAAAUAAAGUACCCUACUAUGAUGAUCGUAUCUUAUGAAUUUCGACACUGGGCUGAUAAUUAUGAUGCCUUAGAGAAUUGGCUUUUGGAUCGUAAGUCAGAAUCAAAGGUUGAUGAGGAAACUUCUUCUGACAAAUUCGAAAUUAUACCAACUAAGAAACCAUCGCACGUGUUCGUCUUAGAUGGGACAGUCCAUGCAAACCAAAGUGAUUUACCAAUUCUUUUACCAAGUAUGAUUUUUAAAUUACUUAAAGGAAAAGUAAAAGCCGAUCCUUAUGAGGCUUUAAUGAUUAAUGCACGUUCUUCUGUUCAAUUUCUGCGGGAAAAUGGGGUUCAACUUCAAGGGCAGAAUGAUCCUGACUGUUUGAAGUCGGAAGUCAUUCCUGGAUGGGUGAAAAUCAUCUAAAUAAUAACUUAUUUUUUUAUUUUAUUUUGAUUUUUUUGACUAUAAGGUAAGGGAUACCUUUAAUUAUUUAAUCGACGUUGCUAAUAUUGUGGAUGCCUCAAAUUGAUUUAAGAAUUUUUUUACAAGGACCGCUAAUGCUUCUUUGUAUACUUAGCCGUCCUUAACUUAUUCUUGGUUUGAAAAACAAGAUCAAUUUCAUACGAUAUAUUAAUCUAAUGUAAGUUUGAGAACUUAAAAUCUCAUUUUAUUACUGUUCAUGAUAUUAAUAAUGAGAUAAAUUAAAACGUUAGUUAAUAAUUUGAACAGGCAAAAAUAAAAGCACAUCAACUUUGCAGAUAUUACUUGCAAGUAGAAGGCAUUUUUUAUUAGGAUUCAUUGAAAGCAAGCUAAAUAGUCACAG